AUGAAUGAGCCCAAAACCAGGCUGAUUACCCUGAAACUCGUCGUCAGUCAGGCCCAGCGGCAGGGAAAGCAGUUAAUACCCAGAGGCUGGCCAACAGGCCUGCCGGUCUCUGCAACGACUGCGACCACUUUCUGUUUCCAUUCUCGAAGCAUCAUCUCAGUUCUUAAUACCGGCCCAGGCCCCGUGGGCUUCUUCUCCGGCUUCCCACCACCCUUCACCUCAUCCGUUGCGCACACCAUCGACCAUUUCCAUUUCCCACUGUUUUUCUGCGGAAAGUCCAGGGACAUCCGCAACUUUGGCUCUUUCAAGUUUUCUACACACUCUUGA